AUGCAGGGCUCCCCCAAUCAUACAGGAGCCCUCAGUCAUACAGGGCCUCCAGUCAUGCACAGGGCCCUCCAGUCCCAGUCAUACAGGGCCUCCAGUCAUGCAGGGGCCCCCAGUCCCAGGGGCCCCCCAAUCAUACAGGGCCCCCCAAUCAAUCAGUCACACAGGGCCUCCAGUCAUGCAGGGCCCCUCAGUCAUACAGAGCCCUCAGUCAUACAGGGCCCAGUCAUACAGGGCCCCCAAUCAUGGGGCAGGGGCCUCAGUCAUGCAGGGCCCUCAGUCAUCUGGGCCCCUCAGUCCACAGGGCCUCCAGUCAUGCAGGGCCCCCAGUCACAGAGCCCCCAGCCAGGGCCCUCCAGUCAUGCAGGGCCCCCAGCCAUAAGGGGCCUCCAGUCAUGCAGGGCCCCCAGCCAUACAGAGCCCCCAGUCAUACAGGGCCCCCAGUCAUACAGAGCCCCCAGCCACAGGGCCCUCAGUCAUGCAGGGCCCUCAGUCUCCCCCAGCAUGAGCCCCCAGCCAUCAGCCCAGCCCAGGGCCCCAGCCAUCCUGGCCCCAGAGGGGCCUCCAGAGCAGGGCCCCCAGCCAUACAGGGCCUCCAGUCAUACAGGGCCCCCAGCCAUACAGGGCCUCCAGUCAUGCAGGGCCCCCAGCCAUACAGGGCCUCCAGUCAUGCAGGGCCCAGUCAUAAUAGGCCCCCAACUCUGA